AUGGAGCACCUCCAACACCACCAUCACCACCACCGUCCCCAUCCAGAACUCGCGCCUGACCCAGAGACUCACUCGCGCGAGGGCACCCCACCACCCCCCGACACUGCUGUCGAGAUUGUGAGGCAGGUGACAAUCGAUAUUGGGCCGCCACCAGAUGGCGGCCUCGAAGCCUGGCUCUGUGUCGUCGCCACCUUUCUCCUCCUCUUCUGCAUCUUUGGUUGCGCUACCAGUUUUGGCCAGCUCGAACUGUACUAUCUCAGCCACCAGCUGUCGGGAUACUCCAAGUCAACGGUCGCAUGGAUCGGCUCGUGCCAAUCGACGCUCACCUUCCUGGGCUCAAUCUACACAGGACGCUACUUUGACUCGCACGGCCCCCGCAUGCUGGUGAUCGUUGGCACCGUUGCGUCAGUCUCGGCACUCGUCGCCAUUGCCUUUUGCCACGAAUACUACCAGUUCCUCCUGGCGCACAUGCUGUUCGGCCUGUCGGGAACCAUCAUUUACGCUCCUGCCACGUCCAUCUCGGGCCACUGGUUCCUCAAGCGUCGCUCUACCGCCGUGGGCAUCAUUGUCUGCGGCGCUGGCCUCGGCGGCGUCGUGUAUCCCAUCAUGUUCAAGCAGCUAUUCGACCAGCUCUCAUUCCGCAACACCAUGCUCAUCGUGGCCGGAUUCAACGGCGUCCUCAUGGUCCCCGGCUGCUUCUUUAUGAAGUCCCGCCUUCCUCGUCGCCACCCGCCUCCUCUCAAGGCCCUGGCCGGACCGUGGCACGAGGCGCGAUACGUGUUCCUCGUCGUCGGCUCGGGUCUGUACGUCCUCAACGUCUUUUCACCCUACUUCAACGCCCCGACUUUGGCCACCUCGAACAACCUCCCGGCCAACAUUUCCAGCUACGCCAUUGCCAUUCUCCAGACCGGCAGCUUCCUUGGCCGUGCCUCUGCCGGCUUCAUGGCCGACGCGUUUGGCGUGUGGAACGUGUUUGGAACCAUGUGUUUCGCGACGUCCAUUGUCCUCUUUACGUUCUGGACAGGAAGCCCCAUCGGUACAGCGGCAACGAUUAUUGGUCUGCUGCUGUAUGGUUUCGUCUCGGGCGCGUGGUUUACGCUCGUCGCCGCCGCCUGCGCCGCCAUCUCACCGACCCGCGAGAUCGGCAUGCGUCUCGGCAUGCUGUGGUCGUUUGUCGGCCUGCCCGUCCUCGUCGGUCCUGUCGUGUGCGGACUGCUCAUCAACGUGGCCGGCGGCAAGUUUACCUAUGCGGGUGUGUUUUGCGGCUUCACCAUGCUCAUGGCCGCGUUCAUCACCCCGGGCCCGCGUCUCAUGCAGGCUAUCCGGACGGCGGUGUUUGGCCCACGGAGCCGCCUCGAAGACGCAGAGUCGAGUACGGAGACUAUCGUGGCAGAGGACGACGAGAAGGAGGACAGUAAGGAGGACACGAAGGCUUAG